UUGGUUUGUAAGCCCCAGAAGUUCUACCCCGACGCGGGCAGCUGCUGCUACGGGAGACUCUUUGGGGAAUCUUUGGAGAAACCAUUGGUCGCCAUGUCUGAUGAGGAGACAAAACCUUCAAGUGAGGUCUUCGAGACUAAGAAAGAAGAAGUUAUUAAAGUCAAAGUGGUUGCACAGGAUGGAAAUGAGAUACACUUCAAAGUGAAAAUGACAACGCAACUCAAGAAGCUCAAAGAAUCCUAUUGUCAAAGACAGGGCGUCCCAUUGAAUUCACUAAAAUUUCUCUUUGAAGGCCAGAAGAUUGCUGAUAACCACACCCCAGAAGAACUGGAGAUGGAGGAGGACGACGUGAUCGAAGUUUAUCAGGAACAAACGGGGGGUUAGUCAGUGGUUUAGAUAUUCUUCAUAAUUCUUCUUUCCCCUCCAUACUGUUUUAUUUUUUAAAUGGUUCCUUUGCUAAGUGGUAUUCAGAGUGAAAAUGGAAUACUGUCUCUAUCUCUUUUGAAUGUCUGGCAAUCUGAAUUCUAGCAAUCAAUAUUCAUUAUUGGUUGUUUUCAUUGUGCUGAUUUUGGCCAUCAAACCUCAAUUUCCUUCGUGUUGUCUCUUCUAAAUGUUCUAUGUGUACCGUGAGGCUACCCUUCUCAGGACCAAUUUGAGCUUUCCUGGGCCGUCCAACCGGCCAGGAAUUUUGGCAUGCGGUUGCUUCACACAUGGCAAGCGAUUUUCAGGGGAAGACAGCGGCUUCAGUUUUCAGAGAACUGUGGAAAACAGCCUCUUCUUAACUUGAAGCUGCUUCUAAAGCCUGAGGAUCUGGACCCAGAGCAGAAUACCAGGUUUGGCGUUAAGAUGACAGAUACGGUGAUCAAAACAACCCACUGAGAAGGAGCCUUCAAAUGAAGAGAAAGCAUCUCUAGAUCGAACUAGUCUUGUCAUACGAACCCAGAUAUGUUCUAGUAUUCAUCAGCAGUUAAUAAUAAA